AUGUCCCAAAUUACCGUCCCCAGAUACCCUUUUUCCGCCACUGAUGGUGUGCCAAGGGCACCUAUGCCGCGCACCAUCCCCAUCUGCCCUUAUCCCUGGCAGUACGAGCCUUCUGUUUUGGCGGGCCCCGAGGAGGAGGAUGUGAUUGAGGAAGACUGCAAGUUCCAUCCAGAGUCGAGCUUCGAGAGGAACUACGAGCCUUCUGUUUUGGCGGGCUCAGAGGAGGAGGAUGUGAUUGAAGAAAACCGCAAGUUCUAUCCAGAGCCGAGCUUCGAGAGGAACGCACCCCCUCCCGAGGGGGGGUACGCUGCCUGGACAUACGCGGACAGCACCUCUAGCUAUCCAAGCACGCCUCCUCCGGAGCCCAUGCUAUUUGUGCAGGCCCCCCUUUCGGCCCGGGAGGAAUAUGUGUCCCUCCGGCUGCAGUACGUCAGCCUGAUCAUUCGGUCUCCCGUCCGGCCGUUCAAGAAGAAGUGGCUCCACGGGCGGGAUAUCGAGCGCCGCAUGGACCUCGUGAAGAAGGUGGAGCGGAUGGUGCAGCAGAUGGGCUUUGAGAAGUGGUGGCCCAUAGACUAUCCCAAGUAUGGGCCGUACUAUAAGGUGCUCGACUGGGCGGACGAUUCGAAGAUGGUGUGGAAACUGGAGCUCAAACAGUGCCUUGGGUUGGCGGUCUGGCCGGGUGCGGUGCAUAUGGUUGCCGAGUGCAUGGUCGACGCGGGCAUUACACCGGCACACUUCGAUCUCAUGUAUCUGACGUGGGAGUUGGAGGAGCAGCGGUGGCGGAGAAUGGUGGGCAAGGUGAGGAAGAUGGCUAGGGACAUCAAGAAGGGGAUCGUGCCGAAGAAGGCGGCGGUGAUGUAUUUUUGA